AUGUUUCUUGCUGCCAUAACGGUAGAUUGUAACAAUAUUGGGGGCAUGCCUCAUUGCCCACCUAACCCGAUAAUAAUGGCUGACAUUCCAUCUUUUCUUUGUUUUCUUUCUUUAUUUUCUGUUUUUCUUUUUUCUUUUUUGUUUACUACUUUUUCUUCGUUAAUGCUUUCUUUCGUUUUUUUUCAUUUUCUUUUUAACUUUCUCUUUCUUUUGACCCGAUUCAUUCACUUUUUUAUUUUAUUUUUUCUUUCAUCUUAUAAUUUUCUUUUUUUUUUCCCUUCUUCUCAUCUGACAGGAAUUCAUUUUCCAACCUUUUUGUAUGCGUCUUUAGUUGCCGUCAGUUCAAUUCAUUCAUUCAAUCUUUUUUUUUUUAUUAUUGUGAGCUCACUUUUCUUUAGUUUUCUUCUUCUUCUUCUUCUUCUUCUCUCUCUCUCUCUCUCUCUCUCUCUCUCUCUCAAGCAUUUCUACCUUAGUUUGUUCAUAUCUAUCUAUCUAUCUAUCUAUCUAUCUAUCUAUCUAUCUAUCUAUCUAGUAGGUUCAUAUCUAUUUCAUUUUAUUUAUAUUUACAUAACGCUCAUUGUGUUCAUAACUCUAUUUGAUUCUGUUUACCUCUCGCUUUCAUUCUGUUUCUAUCUAUCUAUCUAUCUAUCUAUCUAUCUAUCUAUUUAUCGAUCGAUCUAUCUAUCUAUCUAUCUAUCUCAGUCUAUCUAUCCAUCUAUCUAUCUAUCUAUCUAA